GGAGACUCGGGAACGGGUGCCUCACUCAGCGAAGCUGCCGUUGCAUUUCUGCUUCUACUGAGAGGGCUGGAGCGCGCAACAACCGGGCAUGCUGCCGUACAAAAAGACUCUUUUCAGAUGCCAACUGGGCAACGGAGAACUCAUUUGCUCGCGCUCCUUCAGGCGGUGUCUGCUGUGUGCACAUCCUGCUGGCCACAUUUGGUCCAAGACAUGGCACUCCAGAAGUUGCUUCGCGAGGCCCUUCUGACAGAGUUUGCACCAGCUAGCGACCCGUCACCGUCCUCCGGCGCUACACCAAAGCAGCAGACCACAGGGCAGAGUUCGAAAACCACCCCUUCGGUGGACGGCAGCAAUUUAGGUUGCCCCUCUUUCUCCUGUUUCUCUCGUCGCGGCGGAGCCGACGGGGAUGCGUCACUCGUGCUGCUGCUGAAAACUGCAAUGGAAUCCAGGUUUCUGGCGGUUUUCCUUCAACAACAGAAAGAGAUGGAAGUUUUAACAGCUGUUGCAACUCUUAAAGUUCGACUGGCCGCCCUCGCGGGUCUUCACCGCGGCCACAGCGGCGUAAGCGGCGCCUGUCGGAUGGUGAAGCAACUGUUGAGCCCCGCGGCUUCUGCAGGAGCUCAUCGUAUUAGGGGAGGUGUGAACAGAACAGAUGAACAGGAUGGCGGCACGGGACGGGAGGCGAAGAAUGCAGGGCGUGUAGCCCCGCGGGGCGGACUCGCGCUUCUUCGCUCUCUUCUGCUUCUGGUUGCAAAUAACGUUGACGGGUGUGGACAAGCUGAGGCACCCCGAGCUUCGACUGGAGAUGCAGGGAGCCGUGCGGAACGAGCAAAAGCCCACCAGGAUGAGCGUAUCAAGACUUGUCAGACACAAUGCCCUGAGGCUGUUCCCAAUACCUUUGCUGGUAAAGCCCCUGGCGACCGGCUUGCUGUAACAGCCAGUGCGACGGCUGUUCUCUCAGAAGUUUUGGCACAUCUUGUCACUUACAGUCAGACUCACGAUGUGCACGCCAAACGCGAUGCUCUGCUUCUUCUUAAACAGCUUGUCGACGUUUCACCUGUCUCUUGGCUGCUACAGUCUAACGUGGGAGACCACGCGGAAGGCCCUGCUCCAGAAAGGAAAGAUGACUUGCCGAGUGGCUCUGCUUCAGAGCCCAAUGCCAUCUCUCACUCGCCGUCCGAACUCCCAUCGUUUCUCUCCUUGCCUUCCGAUUCUCGGCCCUCAACUUCAUCCGUAUCACCUUGUCCUAUCAAUACGCUGAUUGAAGUUUCUCUGAGUCACUGGCAGCAUCCGCAGCGAAGUGUCUCGCAGGUGGCUCGAAGCCUGUGGGAGGCGCUGAGCCAGGUGACCAUCAGUACAUCAGGGAAACACGGAUCGUGUUCCCCGCCAGCGUGCAUCCCUGUCAGCCAUGGACAGAGGAAAGGCAAUGGUGUCUGCUGUUUGCCUCACCGGCUGGCCUUGGCGGUCCUAGAUUUGUCUGCGGUUCACAGAAAGGCACAAAAUCUUGCAUUGUUGUCUCUUCUCCCUGCUGUAGGGGUAGAAUGGCUGCUGCGCCAGCGUCCGCGUCUGGUAGAGCAACUUCUGAUGGAGAUUGGAGACUCAUUCCACACAGGCGCAUCAGCUGUCAAGUUCCUCGACGGCAUCAUGAAGCACCUUUGUCGUCGGCCAUCCCCAACUGGAAAGCGACUCGCGGCGGAAACUGUAGUCGCUGGAGUAGGAACAGGGCGAGCGGAAGUCUCGGAGCAAACUAUCGCGUCCAGUAAACAGGGUCACCACAAAGACGCCAAAGUCCCAAGUCGUGCAGAGCGGGCUACGUGUGGAAGUGCUGGUGCAAGUCCUGUGCCAGUAGCACUUCGCCAGGUCUUGUACCCUUUACUAGUUGACGCCUUGCUGAGUUUGCCUUUCGGUUCCACGAAAGCCUUGAUGUUGAGCCGGAAGGAGGUGGGAAACGAAAGCCUGUCAUUUUCCUUCGCCUGUCCAGAGCUUGCUUCUUUGAAUAGCUGGCCUAUGGACGCUGCGCCGCUUGCCGUGCCAGUUUCACCUGCUUCACGGCGUCGCCUCUCACCCGACGCUUCACAAAGGGUGGCAGGUACGGUUUUCCCUCUGUUGCAAACUCUGGAUCCUCAAGGCCUGGCCUCGAUUCUCCAACUCCUUUACUGGACUGGCUGUACAUACGGACGAGCUGCCUCUGACAUGAAGCUUCAUCCCGAGGACUGCCAGAGGGCCGCCUCACUUUUGGGCUUUGGACUGUCAGAUAAGCUGGAGUCAUUGCCUAUGAAGCACGCAUCUGGCUCGCGGCAGCCUCAGGCGACGAAAGAGCACAGCAAUCAUUCUAGGAGAGGCCAACUGAAGACAGGCGCGAAUCAGAUGCCGUGGAGUAUUGGGGAAGCGGUGUUGCUGCUGGUCGCUCGACAGGCGGGGGUGGCAGAGUGGAACGACCGGGAACACCGGCGGCACAUUAGAUUGGAUCACGAGGAGUGUGUCACGAACAGUAUGUCUGGAGCUCAUGAGAAUCCAGAAGCGGAUGCGUGCAUGGCAGAUUUAAGAGAAACGAUGGCGGCCCCUCAGGUGGGCGCCCGAGCGCAGACGACCCCGCAAAAUGCGAGCUGCUGUUUGGUCGUUUCGGGAGUUGACAUAGAGGGUAGCGGUAUCUCUGUACACAUCAGCAGUGAGCGCCUGCAGCAUGGUCUUCAGAGUGGCGACGAUGAUGUGCGGAUGGCGCUUUUGAAGGUUGUCGCGUUCUCGCGUCUUUCCUCUGUCCCUCCCGCUCGCAUAGAGCUUGAGCUGCUCCUCGAUGUCCUCGAGCACGGCAGUGGCCGGCAGGCCUCCGGAGCAACUAAAGCGGCUUUUGCCGAUGCGUUCAAGAGAUUUCUACAGCGCGCCCGCGAUGCGUACAGAAAGCAGUUGAUAGAGCGAACGCCUGAGGAGCUUCGCCUGCUUCUGAAAGGGCCAUCGGCCUGCUCGGGGGAGGCGUCAAUGCAAUCGCCAGGCCAACCGAACAGCCGCGGUGCUCCCUCAUCGGAAUCCGCGUAUUCUCUGGACAAUAUCGAAAGAAAGGAUGACAAGUUGCGGGGCAGCGAACAAGCGUGUGCGACUAUUGAGAAUGUCUCAGAACCUACAACCGUGGGGGCCACCGCAGACGUACGCAAGCGACAGGAGGAUGACAGCCUUCGGGAGUUCCUGGUUUUCCUGCGGAGACUGCACCGCGCAGCGCUACUCCAGUCGCUCCCAUGCAUGCACCCGGAUCGGCAGAACACAGGCACAACCAUUUUGUUGUUCCUAUACACGCUGUGGGGGUUCCAGCCACCCAGCGACCUCCGCAAAGGUAGCAGCUGUGCAAAUGCUGCUCUAUCUGCGGCCCGAGGAGCUCGCGAAGCCUCGCACGUUCGGGAAAAGGGACGCUUGGAGGCAGGGAAGAAGCUCGCUAAGGAGGUAGGGCAUGCAUGUGCUGCGAGUGAAACAUUCGCCGGUGGCUGUGCAGUCGCAGAGACCCUCGGUUUCUAUGCAGCUCCGAUGCAGGCUCAGUUACUUGGCAUGCUUGCGAGCCGAUGGCCGAGACAGAGCGAGGCGGCCCGAAAGAUUUUGAAGCUUUUCCCGAAGAACCAGCUGGAGUGGGGAGUGUCGUCGCUCGUGCUGUCACCGCGGAAGCUCCAAGGAGGCAGUGGGAGAGACCUGUUUCCGUCAGAGGCAAAGAUGGAGCAACAGCAGCUGCGGCCGACACGGGAUACUCUAGAGGCCAUCUUCGGCAGUGGUGCGCAACAGGACGGGCGGGCGUCUAAGGCCCUCGUUCCCUGUCUUCGAAGCAGCUUUACGGAUGUCCUAGUGCUGAUCCAUAGCAUCCGGGAAAGCGACUACUCAGCUGGCGCUUCCCAGCUGGAACUCGCUCUCUUCGCUGCCUUUGUUGCACCCCUCAAGCGCAUGGUAGCCACCCGAAAUCCGUCGCUGCGCACCCCGCCCCGAAGCUCGGGAUCCCUGGAGAGAGACUGGAAGCGUCCCCGACAGACUGAACAGCUGGCAAGCAGUAGGACGGGCCUGAGGCAUUCAAACUCGCAAGGACCGGAGGAAUCUAUUCCCUCAGGGAAUCCAGAACAGGUGCCUCUGAGUGCAGCCAUCCUUAUACACGUGCUUAGCCACGCCUUGCUACAGCGUGAGCAAACAGAGGCUGUGUUGGGAGAGGCCCAACAGGAGGGUCCAGCCAACGGCGCUAAUCGCUUGGUGCACAGGCUAUUCCGAUUGCUCCAUGUAUUUCUAGCAGCUUCCCAGCAAAGGCUGAAUGCGCUGGAAGGCCACGCGCGCUUGUCUGCUAACACACCAGAUGCAUGCAUUCACGGCUUAUUGAUCGUCCUCACGAAACUGUUCCGAGAGCUUCCGUCCCUUCAGAGCUUGAUUCACGCCUCCACAGGACUUGCUGAGGAGCGAAAGCACGGGAUGGUUCUGCCGACAAAAAUUGGCUCUUGCGAGGGGGAGUCGGGACCAGUUGAGAAUGCAACAACACGAAUGUGGGGCGCGUGGCGAACUCUGGUCACCGGCCUUCUGCGUUUAUUGAUGGAUACAUGCAGCAGCAUGUUCUGCGUGAUUGCAGAGGGCUCAGACAGCGUCAUGCUGAACGCUGUGUGGCAGCAGUCAGGCCAGCAGGACUCUAACCAAAAGGAGAAGCCAAGCGAGAAGCAAAACUUCAAUGUCGACUGCAGAGGCCAUCCGCUUCUCGCACGGCGACCUGCGGGUGGUGCCUGGAACAUAGAACUGACAAACGGGGAGGCGGAAGACGAAGAAGAAACAGCCGAAACGCUGCUAGCCGUGCGGGGGUGGGUCACAGUCAAAGCAGCAGCAGCUUGCCUCUCAGCGCUUCUCGACUGGGUACCCCUUGAGGAAGCAGAGGAGCAAACUGGAACCACGGUGCCUAGUGAUCGAGAGCACGAAACGGAGAGAAGAGCUUUAAUUGAGACAAACAGCAAGAGGAUUCCACAAAAUGAGUUGGACAGGGGUUUUAGUCACUCUGAUAAAGCCGCGGCUCCCGCGACAAAGGGGAAUUUUGAUACAUCGGCUUUCGGAUCACUCCAGACGCUCCGGAACGCAAACGUGAUUGUGACUGUUGCCGAGAUGAACGCCAUCGGACGUCGGCUUCUCCACUUCCUGCUUUGUUGCCGCCAUCUUGGCGCCAUGAACAGUCUGUUUGACACUUUGGCUGGGGUCAGUCGAAGGCUGCUUUGUUCAGCGCACAGGGGCAUGCAAGCUCUGCCUCGCACGUGGGUUCACAGCCUGCUUCUUCUCCUUCUUCCGCAGUCGCUCGCCGGAUCGCCGCUCGAGACAUCCAGAUCUGCCUUGCCAUCCGGGAUGUCGGUGGAAACCCCUAGCAGCUCCACACAGAAAUCGGCGUCAGCACCAAUCGCUUCGGAAAGCGACGACGUUUGCGCUGCCUCCCUGCCGCCUCCUUUGAGGAAGAGCGCGAGUCUCGGGCUUGCGUUUGUCGCAGUUUUAGCUGGUGAAGCUGCGAGUGCAGACAGCACAGUUCGAGGCGGGGACAGAUGUCCACUUCUACAGCAUACGAUGUCGAUUCUUCUCCCACUUGCGGAGGGGCACUUUGACAGCUUCUUUCCCUCCAUCGAAGAAGCGUAUGCGCAUCGUGCCCAUUGCCUCAAUGUGGUUCGAGCUGUGAACCGGAGCGGCGCGCUUUCUUCCUCAAUCGCAUGCGUUUCCCUGCUCCCUCCUCAAGAGGCGAUAGCUGCCCUAAAAAUCACUCAGGGAACACCGAAUUCCCAUGAAGCUCAAAUGGCAGGUGGCGGCUCGUCGACUGACAGAGGCAGCACUGCGGCCGACAAAGCGACAGAGAAAGCAGCCCAAGAAAAAGCGAUGGAGACAGGGAACGAAGUCAAGAGCGACGACCCGCUUGUCGGAAACGGCGCCCCGUUGCCAGCGUUGGCUCUGGCCGCCGCGGUUCGGAGCAGCAACACGACCUCUUAUUUCCCCCUUCGCAACGCAGCAACAUUGCUUCUCGUCGCCUCUGUGAAGCGACUAGCUGGCAAAGAUAACGAUUCUCUGCACGUUUCAACAUUCCCUCUUUACUCCUUCUGCGCCGGAGCGCAGCAGCGGUCCUUGCUGAUUCCGUCACUGGCUGAAGCUCAGAUCGACUUGCCCUUUCUGCAAUCGGCUGAUGUCAUUCCUAUCCUACUACGCACGCUGGAGGGGGCCGCCGACACAGGGCAUCCUUGGCAGUUUUUUGUGGAAGCUGUCGAAGGUGAACGACGUUCGCAGGGAGCUGUAGGAUUGCAACAGGACGACUUCUUCAACGAUCCACUGGCCUCUGCAGUUUCUCCGACACAGAAGAACGGGUGUAUUGAACUUGAUGGGCAAAGGGAUUCGAACAGUAACAACGCACGCCACGUAGGGGGACAAAUCGGGGGUGGGCAUUCCCAUGGGGAGGUGCAUGCAUCCGGGUCUCACGACCCCGAGGCAGAUCAAGGCGCCCUAGUUGCAGUCCUCUUACUUGUUUCGCGAUUGGACUUUGCGUCUGCUGUUAGCGAAGGCCCGAGUCUCGCCUGCUUGCUCUCCUCGGUUUGUAGCGUCCCAGAGGGAAAAGAGAGCAAGGAAAAAGGGUGCCUUCCCUACAGAUCUUAUCCCCAAUUGCCGUUCUCGGCUGGCCUUCCUACAGCGUCCCCGGUUUGGCUGUUGAGGCUUUUGACAGCUCUCCGAACCCAUCUAACAAGUCCAAAUUUCCACACGCGACUGCUCGCUGCUCGGGCGCUUGCGAACUACGCAAUGCAAGAGGCGCGUCUCCAAGGACCGCAAGCACUGUUGCUGGCUCUCGAAGCGGCUGCUGCCAGUGCGAUGCAUAGUCAAGCCACUAGCAACACAACUUGCGGAUUGCUUCUCCUUUCUCUUGAGCUUCUUCAGCGUCCUGAAGUCGCUGACUGGCUUGAGCAGACUGUACGAACCCCUACGGUCCUGCACGAGGCGGUGGAGGGAAGCGAGAAAGUGAGUGAUCGGGGCAGUUCAGCGGCAUCCGUCAACGAGGAUGGUCUUCCACGCAAACGCAGCGACAAAGCACCUGGACAACCAUGUUCCAUUGAUACUUCGUCCUUUGCCUCUGGCUUCGCCCGUUGCAUGAGACACGUCUGCUCGUGCGCCCCAGCCCCCCUGAAUCGCCUGCUUGGCCUCCAAGCCGUUCAAGCGCUUGCUAGCCACCUGGCAAAAGUCGCCGAGGCAUCUGAGGUGUCUGGCGCAUGCUGCGCGCCACACGAUAGAGAGCCGCGAGGCGACUCCACGAGCACAGAUGGAUGCAAAGGGAACACUGACCCGUCAUCGCAUGCGUAUGGCUCUGUGGGAAGUUGCAGUGAUGCACUUUCAAUCAUGGCUGCCGCACGCGAGGCAGCAGAAUCCGUCGUCACGUCCGCAUGGCGGUAUCUGCCGCCGUGCUUCGCUGGGGCAUGCAGUCGCAGUGGCGUUCCGCCGUUCUCAGAGCUGUCUCUCGAGCGCCUUCUCCAUGGUGGCGAGAGUCUGGCAGAGAAUGGCGUGAAAAACGUGGAUGGAACACAGGAUUGUCUGUUGUGUCAGCUGGCUGGCACUGGCGCACCUCCGACCAGUAACCACUUGCAUGCUGACCGGCCCAAAUCUCGCACUGCCUUGGACGUCCCCCUGCAAACCGUCGCCGUGUGUGCCUUGGUGGACGCGGCGAUGUUGACUCCCGGGCCUGCCUCCCCAAGAGCGCGCCUCACUGCUGCCGCUGUCAUUCUUCACCUCGUUCAUGGCCUUGAGAUGCAUCCACAGGUACUAGAACAAGCUCUUAGGUGCUGUCGCAAACGUCUGAAGAAAGGGCGCAUUUGUGUGGCGGCUUCGAGUGCCGAUGCAAGGAAUGGUUCUUCAUGCAUGCCAUCUGACCUUCCGGUCGGUCUGCAGCUCCUGUGGCAGGCAGUCAGUGGCGCGUUCUGCACUGCUGAGAGGCGGGAGCAGGUGGACGACGGAAAGGGUGAACCAGUCUCUAGGUGCGCAUUUAGCCACAGCCGAAUUCAGAGCGGCUUCUCGUCUUCGGUACGGGCCGAGGCUCUGAGGUUGCUGGCGCUUCUCGCUCAGAUGCUGAUUGCUGCCAGCGAACACCAGGACGCCGAAGAGACCAGACUGCACGGACAAUGCGUGAGUAAACGGGGAGCUUUGGCGGGUUUGUGGCCGCCACCUGAGGACGUUGCCAAAGCGGCACUGGAACUUGUCCGCACCUAUCCGAACAGUGCCCCCGUACGCAAGGGGUUUCUCGUCUUUGGAGCUGCGCUGCUAAGCUCGAGUCGUCUUCAACACGACAUUGAUUCGAAUGGAAGAAACAGGUGUGACACUCAGGGAAGACAGAAGUUCAGUGCCAUGGCCAAAGCCUGGACAACGUGCCUGGUAACAUGCAGUUCUCCGGAAGCAGAAGCAACCAUCAGGCGAGCAGCGGUUCAGGCUCUUGCCAUCAUCGGUCUUCCAGUUCCUGGCUUCCAAACGCUACCCUCCGAAACUUUGGUCCGAGAGUGCUGCAGGUCAGAAGACCGAGCACCGGCAUCUGAGACUGAACGGAGCAGCCACUGCACCACACGUUGCCGCCGCGACAUGGGAGCUUGUCCAGAUCACACCAGUUCGACCAGCUGCGAGGAGGCUUUGGACAUCUGGGAGGCUAUGAUGACGCUUCUUCAGGAUGGCGAGCCAGUUGUUCGGGCAGAGGCAAUUGAAGCAUGUACCAAGGCUUGCAGCCGUUUGGCAGAUUUUCUCGUGGCGAGGACUGGAAAAGACGAAGCGAGCGCUGUCUCGGCUCUCAGCGUUUCCCAGGCACAACAGGUCGUCUCUAUCUUGCGGUCGGCAAUUUGCAGUCAAAUGCCGCCACGAGGUGUGGACAGCUCAGUCCUGAUGCAGAUUGUCCUAGAUGUAAUGGUGAAGCUUUUCCCCCCUUAUGUGGUGGCUAGCAAGCUUUGGCGGUCCAUAUGCGCGGUUGCACCACCCAUUCGCGACUUAUGCGCGACCCAACUGUCCAUUCACUUGAGACCUCGCGAAGGCCUUGGCGCAUCCAGGACUCUCCAACAGCAGGAACACGAGCCAAAAAGGACCUCCAGUGGUCGGCCUUUGUUCGAUGAGGAGCCUGCAAAUCUUUACACAGAGGAAGUCCUCAUCGGGCAGGCAGCGGCCAGGAAUCUCCUAAUUCUUUCAGCGGACUACGCAGUGUCGUCAGCCUUCGACGCCCGGCCAUCAGGCUGCAGUUCCCACACUCAUAUGGAUUCUCUUGUUGCAAUGGAAGUUGCACGCAGCGCGUCUCAGACAGUCCAGUGGAAGGGAAGCGUACCCUUCUUACUCGAGUGCCGUGAACGUUCCAUCUCAUGGCCAGGGUCUGUUAGCCAGAAGGCCGAUGCUUGUUCACGGCGGCAGCGGCCGCCCGAGGUGGAGAGGCAGGGAUCGACAGUCGUCGGGGAUCAAACAUCUGUGGACUUCACAUUUCUCUCGAAUGAGGUUACAAAGGUGCUCGGCGAGCUGGAGGACGUGUGCAUCUGCUUGGAGGAGAUGACUGUCCAGCGACUUGUGUGGGGAGAUGCCAGCUUUGCUUUGAUAACCGGCUCAGCAGCGGUUCCGGAGUACCACAUGCAGGAGCUACGAACCGGAGAUGAGGGACACACUAAAGUGCAUCGGACGAACGCGCAUGGAAAGAAUCAACAGGUCUCACUGCUCCAGCCUUCCGAUGACCAGCCCAAUGAUGGUACUUACAACGCAAGUGGCGGGCUGCAGGGCGCGCGGACUUCGUUUUCGGAUGCAAACAAGGAAUGGGAGACAGUCUCCCUAGGCAACCCCCACUGCACUCAGCAAGCUCUCUUUCAGCCUGUUUACGGUGCGCUCUUGAAGGCAAGUCUUCUGCUGAUUCUACUGCCUACAGUAGUUGUGAGAUCCGCGUCAAACGAGCCGGGCCACCGCACCUCACCGAGGCUGUCUGACAGCAGCGCUGGUGCUCCUGCAACUUGCAAUCCUUGCUUACACACAAGUCUCGGACUCCUCUGCCGGUGGGUUCAGCGUCUAGACGCGAAACUGAGGAAGACGACCGAAACAGGAAGCGCGGCUCACUGGGUGUUGUUGGCGAUCUCUCAUCGACUCACCGAGUUAGUCAAUGCGAUUCAGCCAGGACUAGCAAUUGAGAGCGCUGAUGAAUUGACGGCGAGCCGUCAAAAUAUUCGUGACGGACUCGACCCAUAUUGGACGCAGGCAACUCAGCGUUCACCGAACGAAUCUCCACAAGGCGUCGUAAAUGUAGAAAAUGACAGCGAGGAUUUGGAGCUGUGCACACGAGGGCUCAGAAAUGUAUCGGCUGCAGACCGCGGAUGUGCAGAAUUCAACAACAGGAGGCCGAAUGCUCGAGAGGCCGCAAGCAGUUUAGUUGACACGCUUCUGUUUAUGCUGCCUGGUUUGAAGCGGGGUCCGUCAGAACUACGCCAUGCCGCAGUCUGAGUGCCAAGGGGUAGAGGUGUGGCUCGCUGUGCUUGGGUCAGAAAAUGAGAAAUCAACUGCUCACGAGCGGUCGACAGGACCGCAGACGGGGGAGAAAAAUCUGCUCUACUACACAGCACGGCAGAGCCAUGGGGGGAGGGGGGGGGAGGAGCGGGAUCGGAUUCAGUGGUCUUCUUGGUGUGGAACUUUUAUACCAGGAAACAGACAAACGGCAUUUUGUGUUCCUGAAAAUUGUGCCGGAGGCUUUUUUCAGUUGC